AUGCCAGCCUCAUCAUCAAUUCAGUCCUACUUUGCUCCUUCGUCAACCAAGAACAGUGAUGGAUUCACCAGAGGAGAGAUGCAGUCAGCUCUUGCCCCGACUGGAGCCAGUGCACCCAGUGCCUGGAUGCCCACAGUUGAAUACGAAGAAGCCGAACUAGGCUCUCUCGAGCCCGGACCACGCCAUCUCAGCCUGAUGGGUCGCAUAGUCAAUUUCAACGAUCAAGCCAAACCUAGCAAGUCACACAAAGCAGCACAGGGAUGCAUCAAGGUCACGCUCUCAGACGAUACCGGAGUGCUUACCGUACGUCUCUGGUACGCUGAAGCCCGCUACAAACUCAAGCUCGGCCAGCUCGUCAGCGUCUGGACGGUGCAUAUUUCCAGCUCUUCCGAGUACAAUUCACUAGCCCCUAACAGUGCACCGCUGUUUACCAGCAUAUUUCCCGAGAGCGAGAGACACUGCCAUUUCAUGUUGCACGAAAACAGCGAUGAUGGAACGAGAUUCAAGAGGCCGUACCGAGUGAGAGAGAGCAAGGUUUUGACCGGGCUGAUGACGCUGAAGAGCUUCACUGAUGGUGGCUACGAUAUUGACGAGCCCAAGCUUCUCGUCUGCGUCAAGAGUAUCGGAGCGAGGAAGAAAUACAUGAACCGCAAUGGUACGACAUCCGAACUCGUCUCUCUCGGCAUCUUCGAUGACACUUCCGAGGCUGUCCUAACCCUCUACUCCACCAUGUGUGACUCAGCCUCUCUCUUUGUACCCUCGCAGACCGUGCUCCUCAUUUCCAACCCUGGCUGGCGCAUCGACAAAACCGCUAAACUCACAAUCACGAGCAAUUCCCGCGUAGAUAUUGACCCAGACAUGGGUGACGCCAGGUUGCUACGAGCAUUAGCACAGCGACUAACCAAAAAGGAGCAUGUCAACCCUCCAUUUUCCAUUCCUCAUACACAAGUGGCAGAUUUUGAAGCAGCAAGCGUAAAAGCACUCUACACCCUUGCCGAUAUCGACAGUGUCGCUCGCUCGCUCUCCAUUUCAAACUCGAGAGAAACAAUCGCUGGAUACCUCAGUGUCAUCAUGACAAAUCUCAACAUCGUCUCCCCAUUCAAACGCAACAUGCUCCUCAGCACAGAAUGCUGCGGGAUUCCCCUCUUCUCCAAUCAGGUGACGAUGCAGUGCAGACAGUGUGGGAACAUAGUAACAUUACGCAUCAAUCCUAGAAUUCUGGGUCCCAUAGUGGACGAAACAGGCCAGAUUAGUACGGGCAAACUCAUUCUCGCCGACACCGCGUGGUGUCAACUUCUUGGUCGCACAGCGCAGCAGCUUGUUGAGACGGAUAUACAUGUCCUGCGCUAUCUCGAGCAACGCCUGCUAUUUCUGCGUGUUACCAUGGGUUUCGCGUUGCAACUAGAAGAUGGAAUUGGUCGAUUGGCCAUAUGGUGUGUUAGGAGCUAG